GAUGAAUCACAAAUUAUUGCAGAGUGUAAGAUACCCUCGCGUUGGUUGGGUGUGCUGUAUAGCAUUCGGAUUGUGGCUUCAACUAGUUUCCAGUAGCCUGAUGGAUGAUAGGUCACUAAGUAUUCGUAGUCACCACAGUAUCACCAAAAGAUCAUUCAAAGAUUUACAGUGUAAAGGAGUUUACGAUAAAAGUAUAUUUGCAAGAUUAGACCAGAUCUGCGAAGAUUGUUACAACCUCUUUCGCGAACCUCCGCUUUACACGAUGUGCAGGGACCGCUGUUUUUCUACAAAAGCUUUUGGAGGGUGUUGCGAAAGCCUUUUAUGCGAGAAUGUUGACGAAAUCAAGGACAUGAUAAAACAGUUAAAUGGGGGAAGGAUUUAUUAG